AUGGAUAACGGUUGGGACGGCGGACAGAAAGGCUGGAGGCCCGAAGACGGUGUGCCAGACCUGACGGUUAUAAGUAAUAUUGAUGAGCGAGGGAUCAAUACUAAUUUGAAGGUGCGAUAUGAGAGGGAACAGAUCUAUACAUAUACGGGAACUAUUCUGGUGGCCGUUAAUCCAUACAAGGAAUUAGACAUUUAUGAGACGGAUUGGGUCUUCAAAUACAACGGCCAGAAGAUCUCGCAACAGGAGCCGCAUGUGUUCGCCAUCGCUGAGGCCGCCUAUAGUCACCUGCAGUUGGACGGCGCGAACCAGGCGUGUGUCAUAUCGGGUGAGUCGGGCGCCGGGAAGACCGAGUCGACCAAAUUCAUACUGCAAUACCUCUGCACCGUUACGUCCAAUCAGUCGACAUGGAUGGAGCACCAGAUACUCGAGGCCAACACCAUUCUGGAAGCGUUUGGCAACGCAAAGACAGUCAGAAACGACAACUCGAGUCGAUUCGGCAAAUUCAUCCAGGUCUGUUUCGACUGGCGCUACCAAAUCAAGGGCUGCAUCAUUCAGGACUACCUCCUGGAACAGUCGCGCAUCACAUUCCAGUCGUUCGGUGAACGCAAUUAUCACGUCUUCUACCAAUUGGUGACCAGCGCUCAAUACAACGAAGACAUUCGCAAUCAGUUUCUCAUCGAUCCGCUCGACAGUUACGCAUACCUUCGGCAGAGCGGCUGUUAUAAGAUCGACGGCGUGGACGACGCCAACAUGUUUGACGCGUUACGGCUGGCGAUGUCUGUGUUGAACAUUCCUCCGGAGAUGUGCGACGGCAUCUUCUCGGUGUUGAGCGCCAUACUAUGGUUGGGUAAUCUCCAGUUUGAGGACCACUUGGAUGGCGAACGCUGUAAACUGAGUCCCGACGACGAGAUGGUGAUCGCGACGGUGGCCACGCUGUUGGGUGUGGACGCGUUUAAGCUAACGCUGGCCACACUUCAGCGCCAGAUCAACGUCAGGGGCACUGUCACUGACAUACCCUUCAAACUGCAUGAGGCGCGCGAGAAUCGGCACGCGAUGGCCAAAGCCCUCUACUCGCGUACGUUCGCGUGGAUCGUCGCCUACAUCAACACGUGUACAAACCCGGGUCAGGACAGCGACCGCUUUCUCGGCGUACUCGACAUCUUCGGCUUCGAGAACUUCGAUGUCAACAGUUUUGAACAGUUGUGCAUCAAUUAUGCCAACGAAAAGUUGCACCGAUUCUUCAAUCACUAUGUCUUCGCUUUGGAACAGGAAAUUUACAGACAGGAAGGUAUCUCUUUCUCGCACAUCAACUUCACGGACAACACUCCGUGUCUGGAAUUGUUGGAAAAGCCGCCCAAAUGUGUGAUACGUUUGCUGACAGAGGAGUGUCGGAUACCGAAGGGAACGGACACCACAUAUGUCAAUAAAUUGCAUUCAGAGUUUGAAUCGCACGGGAAUUACAUCCGCGGCGACGACAGGAGGCGAUGGGGAAUGGAGUUCGGGAUCAAACACUACGCGGGAGAUGUCGUCUACAAUAUCACCGGAUUUCUCGAGAAGAAUAAGGACGUACAACAGGACCAGCUCUUCGAUCUGAUGCACGACUCGUCCAACAUCUUUGUCAAAGAUCUCGUCAAAUUUCAGGAUUUGUUGAGCGUUACGGCCAGUCGUGUGGCGAACACAACCUAUGCCUCUGUGGGUCGAGCGGACGGCGCGACCAAAACAAGCAAAGGUCGGCCAACAGUGGGCGACGCGUUUCGGUUCCAGUUGACAGCACUGGUAGAUCUGUUGCACUCAACCAAUCCGUGGUACGUCCGAUGCAUUAAACCAAAUAUGGUUAAAGCGCCCAACUUUUACGACGAACGACAAGUGCAGACACAACUCCAAUACCUGGGAAUGUUGGACAUCAUUCGCAUCCGUCGGGAGGGCUUUCCCAUACACUUCGCCAUCAGUCAGUUUGUGUUGAGAUAUCGGUGUUUAGUGAUGAAAGUGGUGCGCCUUCAGGGCCUUCAGACAGACUCGGCGGCCAAGAUCUUGAUGACGCUGAAGAUGGCCAAAACCGAGUGGCAAAUCGGCAAAAACAAAGUGUUUCUUCGGUCCACAGUUCACGAGCCGCUCGAAGAGCAACGAAAAGCGCUCUUAAAUCGGAUGGCUGUCGUCAUACAGAAGCGAAUGCGUGGAUACUUCCAGAGACAGGCGUACAUCAAAUUGAAGAGUUGUGUGACAAUAAUUCAGCUGCACUUUAAGGGCCAUCGCGAACGGCUCCGGUAUCUGCGGAUGAAGAGGGCGGCCAUCACUUUACAGGCGUUUGUGAGGGGAAUGUUUGCCCGAGAAGUGGCCGCAGCCAUGAAACAGAUGAGACGAGUCGAGGAGGAGAUGAGACGCAAAGAAGUGGAGGACAACGAGAGGCGACAACUCGAUGAACAGAGAAGAUUGGCUCAAAUGCAACAAAAUAGUGAUCCACUCAAUGAUAGUCAACAGAUUAAUGCAAACGGAACCGAAGUUAACGAACCGCUUCUUUUAGCGCAACAAGAAGUGCAAACAAUAGCCAAACUCAUUGAGCAAAACGGUUUACUCCAACGCCAGUCCAUUGACCCGACGGGUGAUCCCAACCACAAACCGGAGUCUUCUUACGCCGAUUUGGAGCAAAUGUUUUCGUUCUUAACCGAAAUACAAGAGGCGAAAGCGGAUGAUGUGAUCGCAGAUAUUAGCCAACAGUUCGACCAAUUGAUCCAAAAGACAGAAACCCAGAUGAAUGAACUCAACCAACAGUUAUCGGAAAUGCCCGUCAAAAAAGACACAAAUGCCAAUCCGGAGGCGGCGGCCAACGGGUCGGACAUGAUGUCGGACACCAUCGAGACUGUGUCGCCGUCACCGCUGGGAUCUCCUGCGGCCACCGACCGGCAGAGUCGAGAGGCGGACAGUAUGAUCAGUGCCACCGAAUCGGAACGAUCGCCACUCUAUACACCUCUUCAGACGACGGAAAGGAGUUAUUCGUUUGAAUUCAAUAACGACGACAUCGAGAACCAGAGUUUUGUCGACCAAAACAACAUUAAUAAUACUAAAAGAACGCUAAGUAAUGGCCAACAGAACGACGACCAGAAUAUGGUGGACAAGAAGAUGAACGGCUGGUCGCCGGACAGUAAGCCAACGGUUCCGGUGGCGCCGAUGCCGGCCAUCGACGGGUCGCCGCUUCCCGAGAAUAAACUGCUGAAACAACAGCUCAUUGAACAACAGGCGGACAAGAAUGGUGUGGAACUGCGGACGUAUGACCUGAACGAGUUCGCCGACAAGUUCUUCAAUAAUCACGUCCGAGACUUCGGCGGCGGAGGAGUGAUGCGAACCCUCACGAGGAAGCGUAAGACCGGCGAUGACUGCGUGCCGAAGAGCGAGAUGUUUGUGUGGACGGCGGCGACAGCCAUACCGACCACUCACUGCCAUCUUCACGAUCCCGAGAAUGUGGUCAUCGGUUGCGCCAUAUUUAAGGAGUUGUGUAAAUACAUCGAAGGAAACCUGAAACUCGAGGCAGAGGUUCGGCUCAUCCAGACUGUGAUCGGACACGGAAUAGAGCGCGAAGAACUGCGCGACGAGAUAUUCGUCCAAUUGGUCCGCCAGUCGAACGGCAAUCCGUCGCGAGACGACACGAUUCGGGUGUGGAUGAUGUUAGGGCUGACCACCGCUGCCUUCCAGCCGAGCAAAGUCUUUGCCAAAUACUUCUACAGUUAUCUGCGAAAGCAUUUGCGUAAAGACGCGUCCAUUAGUUGUUACGCCCAGUUCUGCAUCGAUAACCUCCAGUCGCCGAAAGCACACAUCCGACGAAUGCCGCCCUCGGCUCUCGAGGUGAACGCCGUGCGGACACUCAGUAGUCUCGUCUGUCGCUUCUACUUCUUGGACGGCCGCACCAAAGCCAUCGACAUUCACCCGUGCGAUACGGCCAACGACGCCAUGGCCUGUCUGUCCAGCAAAAUAGGUCUGCGGUGUUUGGACGGGUGGGCGCUCUACGAGCUGACCCCUGAGUACGAGCGUGUGAUCAAAGGGCACGACUUUAUCGCCGACAUUAUCACCAAUUGGGAGAUCUUCCAGAAGAACACCACUUACGGCACAACAACCGGCAAACCGGCGGCCAAACAACAGGCGGCGAACCUUACGUUAGGCGCCGGCGACUGUCGGUUCGUCUUCAAGAAGCGACUGUUCAAAAACACGUGCGAAAUACCUCACGAUCCGGUGGAGGUGAACCUCCUGUACGCUCAGGCGGUGCACAGUGUGGUCAAGAAGGAUGAGUUCCCCGCCAGCGAACGCAUUGCCCUCCAAUUGGCCGGACUUCAGGCACAGGUAUCGCUGGGAGAGUACGUCGACGGCCGGAUCGCCAGCUAUGAAGACGUCGAGAACUAUAUCUGCUUUCGGAUCCGAAAGGCUGUCGGCUAUACGAAGAUGGAGUGGGCGAUGAAGAUCGCGGACGCGCACCGCAUGUAUGGCAAAGGGAAGGCCGAUCUGAUCGCCAAAGUGUGGUAUCUGUCGGUUGUGAUGCAAUACCCGACAUAUGGCGCCACACUAUUCCACGUGACAUACAAGGGAUACCUGUCUUAUGGCCACAAUCUGGUCCUCGGCGUCAACUCCGACGGCCUAUUGAUCACUAAUCCGGCGGAUAAGUCCAUACUUAACGCCUUCCGAUACUGUGAUAUCGAGUCGUUGACCGUAUUUCCCACCGAAAACCUAUUGUCCAUAAAACUGAUCAAAUCGUUGGCCGAAAAUCACAAGAGCUUUACGUUUGAGACGAACCAAAAGGAAGAGAUCGCGGCAUUAGUGGCCAGUUAUUCACCGAACCAUUCAAAUUGGAUGCGACAGACGAAUGCACUCAACGGUAUGGCCGGCGCUAACGGCGAACCCAAUCGGCGACGACUACUGAAGAUGACGUUAGAGGACCGGAUGAAACUGCAUCACGAUGUGGUCAACUGCCGCCGGGCGCUCAUCGACAGCAAUAUCAUGCGUCGGCCGCCCGACGAGAAUCGGGGCCUCUUUCGCAACACUCUUCGGCGCCUAAAUAAAGUGCGUUUGGAUAAAAUGAAACACGAGUUCGGCUCCGAGUUCGACGAGGCCUUCUUCAGACACUUCCCGCACUCCUUCUGGGCGUACACUAAAUGCCCGACCGAUCACUCGAUUCUCGUCAUAUCGGACCCGGAGUUGGAGGCGAUGGCAGUGAACAACUUCAACGCCAUUCUCGCCUACUCUGGACUCAAUAUACCGGAGACGGAAGAGUCGGCUCUGGACGAGAAGGAGUGGCCGCGACAGACGGAGAGGGAUCAGAUCCGGUUGGCGCAGACCAUACUCGACAAGUGUCUGCGCAAAGACGCCGACAUAUUGCGCAACGAGUUCUUCUUGCAGCUGAUCAAACAGACGACAGACCACCCUGAUCCAAACAGCCGGGUCAAUGUGCGCCACUGGCAGCUCCUGGCGCUCGCCUGCAGUAUCACAUACCCCAGCGAUCGCCGCAUUCUGGCAUAUCUUCACUCGCAUCUGCGGCGGUGCGCGUUGGAUGAGGUGACCCAAGAGGGCCAGUACUCCCACUUCACGCUCCGCAACCUUCAGGGAACGCUGGAGACCAGGGGUCGAAAGUUGGCCCCCUCUCGGGCCGAAAUACUGAGCACUAUUAACUGUCGCCGUAUAUACGCUCGCAUACACUUCUUGGACGGACAGUUCCAGGCCGUGGAGUUCGACGCCUGCGCUGUCAUAUCGGAAGUGAUCGAACAAAUUCAGCUGAAGAUUGAUUUGCGGCCAAACGCUCCCGGGUUUGCGCUCUACCAACUGCUCGGCGUUAACAACGAGCAGGCCUUACAGCCCGAGGAGAAAGUGGGCGACGCUAUCGCCUAUUGGGAGAAAUGGCACGAAGAACAGGCAAAGACCGGAACCAUUACCAAAAAACCACACGAAAGGACACACUUUUUUGUCUUUAAAAAACACAUCCUUUUGGACGCAUUCGUCGAUAUGUCAGAUCCGGUGGAGAAAGAGCUUCUGUAUCACCAAAUGGUGAAUAAUAUUCGUUUCGAUCGGUUCCCGAUCACAGAACAGGAGGCCGUCAUGUUAUGCGCCCUUAAAGUGCAGAUAGAUUUGGGUGAUUAUGACAACGGCGUCGUCGACUACCGGCAAGCGAUCGGACAAUGUCUUCCUCCACGGCUUCUCAACCGAAUAGCACCCGAAGCUGUGGUCACUCAACACCAGACCCUCCAUAGUAUGCAAGCAGAAGAGGCCAAACAGUCGUUCUUCAAUAUGAUCCAGUCGUGGCCACUACACAGGGCCACCAUCUUUGAAGUUAUGCAAACCUACACGUCUUCGUGGCCUAAGAACCUAUGGCUGGCCAUCGAUCAGAUGGGACUACAUUUGCUGGAACUUAAGACUAGAAAUGUAUUGUCUUCAUGUGAUUACCGAAAUAUUGUCGAUUACAACCCGACCAUCAAUAGCCUGAUGAUAGUGGCGUUGGCCACCACUGGAACCAAAACCAUGAAAUACAUAUUCCUUACACAUCAGGCGCUGCAAAUCGCACAACUGAUCCGAGACUACACCUCUGUGUUGGCUCACGAGCGGGGAAUCGGACGGCGAAAGUCAGUGGAGUUUGAUUUGGCGCUCCGACCGCAACAGAUGUCCGGCCAUCACAUGAUUCCUCCGAUACCACAGCCGCGCAAAACUGCUCAACAAAGAAACGGUCAGCCAAUGAGCGAAUCGCUCUACCAGAAUCAACAGCAACGACAACACCAACAGAUCCAACAACACCUCUAUCAACAGCAACAGCAGCAGAAUAUGCGGCGCUCGCGACCACUCAGUAUCCUCUAUAAGCCUCCGCCGCAGAUUAUAAUGACUGAAGCGGAACACGUCUAACGUCUAACCAUUGUUUGUAUUAUAAACUCAAUUCACAUUUUGUGCUUCAGUUUUGUUUUUGUUUCGAUAAUCCAUUACUUGAAUCCCAAAACUAAAUGAAUUAUUAAAUUAAUUGAUGUAUUGAUGAUAUAAUAGGAGAGCAUAUUGUAUAUGAGGG